AUGGAUACUGCUAGCACCGCGAACCCGGCCAACCCUCCAACGUCCCUCAAGAACCCCAGUGAAGGCUCGCUGCUGUCCGCCCAGAAGAGCUCGCAGCUCCAGGCCGUAUUGCAUCCGCUGGUGCUCCUCACAAUUUCCGACUACAUCACACGACACACACUCCGAGAGAGCAAGGGCCCCAUUAUCGGAGCUCUCCUGGGCCAGCAGAAUGGCCGAGAAAUCACCAUCGAACACGCUUUUGAUUGCCAUACCCAGGAAGCUCCGUUGAUAGCGGGAGGCUAUUUGAUUGAUCCUGUAAAUUUCAGCUCAAGAUUGGAGCAGAUGUGCCUUGUCCACAAGGAUCGAAAACUAGACUUUGUCGGCUGGUACACCUUGCUGCCACCGUCAGGUCCCUCAUCUACCGUCUUGCCUAUCCACAGCCAGAUCCUCGAGGGCUGGAACGAAUCUGCCAUUCUGCUGGGCUUCCAUCCCCAAGAGGUCAUGGAGCACUCGGUUGGCGGUAAACUGCCGCUGACCAUCUACGAAAGCAACUACGAAGUCGACGAUGCCAAGGCUGACAACGAUGGAGAGGAUAAGAAAAUGGAAGAUGGAGAUACCUUGCUCAAGCUAAAGUUCCGAGAGGUGCCGUAUUCCGUCGAGACCGAUGAAACCGAGAUGAUUAGCAUGAACUACGUCGCUAGUGGUGGUGGAAACGCCGCUGCUAGUGCCCCUGCGUCAGCUGCCAAGGAUGAACGACCUGCUCGCUCGAUUGAGUCAAACGGAAAAGGAAAACGAAGGCUAGUGGAAAGCGAGGUUGACGAGAAGAAGGAUGAGCCACUGGAUGAUGCAACAGUUCUCACGCGGGAGGAGGAUGAGAUGCUUGCCUCGUUGACGGCCAAGGCAAACGCCAUAAAGAUGCUGCACUCUAGAAUCCAGCUCAUCACUGCUUACCUGGAGCGUCUACCACCUUCUUUUAUCACCGGAGCUUCUCAAGAGGAGAGCAUGGAUACGGACUCCAACAAUACCACACCGUCGUUGAACGUCAUUCGACAAAUUCAAGCUCUCAUCAGUCGGCUCGACCUCGUCAUCCCUUCAGACAAGGAAGCUUUCGAAAAGGAAGUACAGAGCGAGACAAACAAUGUCAACCUUGUCGGGCUGCUAAAUUCCAUCAUGCAGGGUGUAAACCAAGCACGAGACGUGGGCAAGAAAUUCCAUGCCAUUGAGUCUAGCAAGCAUGCGGCAGCUAGACGUGGUGGGACAUCAGACUACUCCUCUACAACUGCGUAUAACGUUCCAGGCACAGGCGAUAUACUCGUUUAG